AUGACCGGCCGGCUCUUUCUGUGGGCAGUUCUCCUGCAAAACGUUGCCGUCCAGGCCCUUCAUCAUCACGAUGCGGUGCGAGCGAAGCUGGAUAUCAUAAAAAGAAGUAUGGACACAAGAGCUGAUCCUUGCAACGAUUUCUACACUUAUGCUGCCGGAAAGUUCACAUAUGUUGAUUAUGAUCGUGACAGAACGAGACAUCUAAUGGAAUCAAACAUUGGAGAUGAGGUACUAAUUAUUAUGACGAAACGCUUUUUGAUCUUGAUUUAGUUUUUUUUUUAGUCUUUACGCUCAUUUUUUUCAAUUUCAGAUGCGAAACGUGAAGGGAGUUAAGAAGUUGUUCGCAGACUGCGUGAAGAAUCCCGCCGUGAUGGACGAACCGGGACGUACAAAUAUAUACAAUUCGAUUGUGAUGUCUUUCAAAACGAGAGGUUUAAUUUUCCCAUUGAAGAACGAAGUUGUCGCCAAUGACGACGUCCUUUUUACCGACCUGGUCUUGGAAAUGUACACCCAUCUGUUUGAAACGGGAGCCCCGAUUUUUAAUAAAUGGGGUCGCGGUGCUUCAAUGGGGAAGUUAUCUUUGGAGAUUCCACCAAAGGUCGACCAAGAAAAAGCUUGGUAAGUUAUUUGUGCAUCAUACGAACAUAUCAGUUCGUCGGGAAAAUAGUGUGGAUUAAUCGAGCCUUGAAAGCGCCCAUCAUCGCUUUUAUUGCCAGAUUGGGACGACGAGGCGAGAGUUUCACUGCGAUAAAUCCACAUUAUUUUCCCGAAAGACUGGUAUAUGUUGGUGGCGAGUGAUUAAUACUGUGGACCGGGGUUGAUUGAAUACAUGAUAAUCUUCAGGCAGAACUAUUGCCGUGUCGUUGGAGGAUGUGCAAAUCGGGUCCCCUACGAUCGGAAUUACAUGGCGAAAGGCGACGUACGGGCAGAUCAUUUAAAAGCCCGCUUCCUCCACCAAGCUAUGGGUACAAAAUUAGACGACACAUUCCCGGAUAUUGCUUUCUAUGUUCCACAAGUCUUUGGAAAAGAUGUAAGUUUUUAGGUUUCGCCUUGCAGCCCCUCCCCCUUUUUGAACACUCCCCCUCAUUUUGAAAAUUGAAAAAAUGAGGUGUGACAUCUUAUACGAUGAAAAAUUUUUCUCAAUCUGAAAAAAAGUUCCAUCGUAUAAGAUGUCACACCUUAUUCUUUUCAAUUUGAAAAAAAAUUUCGUCGUGUAAGAUGUCACACCUCACGAAGGACGGAAAGGUCCGCUGUGCGGAAAGGUCCGCUGCGCGGAAAGGUCCGCUAAAAAAAAGAAAAGAGGAGGGCGGGGAGGGGGAGGUUUUCGAAGGCGCUGAUUUCGAAUAUCGUAUCCAUUUUUUCUGAGUUUUACAAUUUUGCUUAGGCAGUAGUGUUAACUAGUAAUUUUAAAAAAAAAAUUUUUGAGUAAGAUUUAGACGUAAGUUAUAUUGUACUUGAUGUUUUGAUUUUUAGGUGUGACUAGUCUCAAAAAAAUUUUUUUUUGAAAUGUUUUCGCUUCGAGACUUGAAAAAAAGGAUUUUUUGUGAAAUUUAAAUAAAAUUUGAAAUUUUUUCGCUUCGGGACUGGGAAAAAAAAAAGAAUUGUUUGGAAAAUUCAACAAAAUUUUGAAAUCUUUUCGCAUCGGGAGUAGAAAAAAGGGUGUCUGACUGAAUAUUAACUGUGGUGCCGCCAGCACUAAAAUUUUGUCUAAAACCAAUGGUACCACCUGGUACUAUAUAGUACCACGUGUUUUUGGGUUCUACUAAGCACCAAACCAACGCCAUUACCGCCUUACGGCCAAAUUUGCACCUCGUACUAAAUAGUACCAGGUAGUAAUAUUUAGUACCAAGUGUUAAAAAUGUGUUUUUAAGCAGUACUAGGCACCAAAACAACACCAUUAACGUCUAAAAGUGUUAUAAGUCGAAAAAAUUUCAAAAAGAAUCCCUAAAGGUAGUAAAGUAACAGAAACCCAGUUUUCAUAUUCAGUCAUUUCAUACUCAGUCAGCUCGAAAAAAUUUCAAAUUUUAUUCAGAUUUCACAAAAAAUCCUUUUUUCCAAGUCCCGAAGCGAAAACAUUUCAAAUUUUAUUCAAAUUUCACAAAAAAUCCUUUUGUUUCAUGUCCCGAAGCGAAAACAUUUCAAAUUUUAUUCAAUUUUCACCAAAAAAUCCUUUUUUCCCACCCUCUUCUUUUCCUUUUUUUAGCGGACCUUUCCGCAGCGGACCUUUCCGCACAGCGGACCUUUUGGUUUAGCGGACCUUUCCGUACUCAAUCGUCACACCUCGUUUUUUCAAUGUUCAAAAUGUGUUCAAAAAAGGGGGAGAGUUCAGCCUUUUUUGGGGUAGAGUUGAAAAAGGGGUAGAGUUCAGAUUGGGGGAAAGUUCAGAAAAAGGGGGAGAGUUCAGGCUCAACCGACUUUUUUCAGCCCAGCCAGUCUGCUCAUCGUGCCAACUUUCUGAAUCAUCUAAUGGAGUAUUUAACCGAUCAAACUCUCCAAACGCCAAAGUUUCGCCACUGUGAAGAAUACAUUCAAAAGGCGUUUCCCUUUCAAGUUUCCAAAAUUGCCUACGAAGCGGAGAUGCAAGACAAGGAGCGAUUUGAUCAGCUGAAGGCAAAAUUCGUCGAGGAAGGAAGAACGAUUAAGAAAACGGCCGAACGUAUGCUGCAAAACGCAAACUUCAAGCAGAAUCGGACCCGACAGAUUUUUCUGGACAUAUUGGCGAAGAAUGAGUUCAACUUUUUGGAUCAGCCAAUUCUGACGGGAGAUGAGCUGAAUGCAGCGGAUGUGCGGCUUUGGGAUGCGCCGUUUUUGAGGAGAUUUAAGAAUGGAAUAGCCCAUAUCUUCAAGCUCAACGCGGUGAUAAAGCUGAAGAAUUUUGUCCUCCCAGUGUACAGGGUAGGUCUAUUCAAGUAACACGUCAAUCCAGCGCAUUUCCUGAGCCGUUUCGAAACUUCGUAUUGUUCCAGUAUUCCAACAGAAUACCUUUUUCGGUUACGUCCGAGCCUUGAAUUGGCACUCUUUUUUAGCUAGCCCUCGCACGUCAAACUGAGAUAAGCUAAAACAGUCCGGUGAAUGGAUGGAAUCCUUCGAUUGCGACCCCGCUUGAUUGCGACCUCGCAUCGAUUGCGACCCCGCAUCGAUUGCGACCCAAAAUGGGGUAAAGCGACCCCGGGAUGAAAAUUCCUUGAUUCUCUUCGGGAAAAACUUGCUUUAGGGGUUUUCGAGGGUGCUGAUUUCGAAAAUCAUGUUCAUUUUUCCUCUAGUACUACAUAGUACUGUCUGAUACUAUAUAGUACGAAGUCAAAAUAGGCGUACUAAGCACCAGAACAACACCACGAACGCCUAAAGGCCAACUUUAACCUCGUACUACAUAGUAUCAGAUAGUACUAUAUAGCACCAAGUCUUUAAAACGUGUUUUUGAAGAGUACUAAGCAUCAAACCAACACCAUUAACGUCAAAAGCGAUAUUUUCACUUCGUACUAUAUAGUAUCAGACAGUACUAUGUAAUACUAGAGGAAAAAUGAACAUCAUUUUCGAAAUCAGCACCCUCGAAAACCCCUAAAUCGAGUAUUUAACGUCAAAAGCGAUAUUUUCACUUCGUACUAUAUAGUAUCAGACAGUACUACGUAAUACUAGAGGAAAAAUGAACAUCAUUUUCGAAAUCAGCACCCUCGAAAACCCCUAAAUCGAGUAUUUAACGUCAAAAGCGAUAUUUUCACUUCGUACUAUAUAGUAUCAGACAGCACUAUGUAGUACUAGAGGAAAAAUGAACAUCAUUUUCGAAAUCAGCACCCUCGAAAACCCCUAAAGCAAGUUUUUCCCGAAGAGAAUCAAAGAAUUUUCAUCCCGGGGUCGCUUUACCCCAUUUUGGGUCGCAAUCGAUGCGGGGUCGCAAUCGAUGCUGGGUCGCAAUCGAUGCGGGGUCGCAACCGAUGGAAUUCGAAUGGAUUGGUAAUUUGCCAAAAAAAGACGCGAAAAAACGUUUUGUCGCGGAAGAAAUGGGGAAUUUUUGGGGCGAGAGAGUACGUUUUUGCGUGUCUUUUUUCUCUCUUUCUCUGCGAAAUAGACGAAAUGUAAAAAACCGAUAGCGAAGAGUCUCUUCCGGUCACCGGAAUCCUCAGUUUGACGUGCCAGUUCAAAACCGUUUUUUCUAACUAUUAAUAUGGGAUAGGAAAAACAGUAUGGCUUUCUAUUUUUUCAGGAAUAAAAUUUUGAUAUUUUAUUUUCAGUCUUUUAUAUUUACGAACGACCAUCAAAUUUACUUUUCCUUUGGCGCUGUUGAAUUUCCAGGCUACGAUGUUGACUUUCCCGCGUCUCUCGAUUUCUCCGGAACAGGGUUUUUGAUGGCCAAGACAUUAAGCGAGGAGAACUUUGGCAAGUGAUGAAAUUUACCCUAAAAAUAAUUUCCCUUUUUUUAGGAUUUCAAUUUCUGGAAAGUGACAAGGACCCGGACAAGGAGCAUCGUGCUCGGUGGGACUGUAUUACAAAGCUCUACCGUGAACAAUGUGAUCCACAAGGAGUGGACUGGUGUGUCCAUACGCAAGUGGCGAUCCAUGUUGGUGAGUACUAGCCGCAUUACGGCAGGACUAGAUAAAAAUUCCUGGGGGCCUGUUUUCCCUGGAAGUUAACCGAAGCAGCUGGGGCGCGAAAACAAGUCGUGAAAGUUUGCAUAAUUGAGCUGCCGAUGAUUUUUCUUUUUGAACCGUUCUUGAGCAACUUUACGUUUUUCUAUUUUCAUUCUGCAGCGGCGGAAAAAAGAGAAAUUUUUGCUUCGACCACACGCCUCCAAACAAGCGUCCACACGUUUUAGACUUACAUUAAUGUCAUUUUAGGUAUUCGUCUGGCCUAUUCUUCCUACUUCGCCCUUGGAAAUAUGUCGGAGCCCCGAUUAAUUCCACAGUUCUCUAACAAACAACUUUUUUUGAUCAACUUAGCCCAGACAGUGCAUCUUUGGUCAAUGUAUCGUCGUCUGCCAGCUCCACUCCGUGUUUGGGGAAGCAUUGCCAAUUUUAAAGGAUUUGCCGAGGCUUUUGGGUGCCCUGUUGGUUCGAAAUACAACCUUCCAGCGGACAAAAGAUGCAAUAUCUUUGACUUUGACGUCGAUAGCCCAAGUUUCACGACGACCACGACCACCACCACAACUACAACGACCACUACAACAACUACUACAACGACUGCACCAACUACCACUGCUGUAACUGACGCAACUCCUCAUGCCAGUACAAACACCCCACCGGCACCUGAACGAACUACUCCCUCUGAGCCAAGAACUACUCCCUCUCCGCCAAGAACUACUCCCUCUCCGCCUUCGCCGGACCCAGGCGGUAACCACACCGAAUAUGGAGAAGCUGCCUCCAAAAAAUCGAUUCUAUUGUCUCCGCCGUAUUUCUCAUAUCUCCUUUUGGGAUUUGCCCAUGUUAUGAUCCAAUAA